AGAAAAAUAGCACGACAUAUUGGUUGAAUUACAAAGUUUGUCGCAUUUCAGCACGAGGCGACGUACAGUAUCGACAGCUUUGCCGUUCUCGAGCACUAGACGCCGUUCAUCGUCUCAGCGUGUCUACAAUUGAAAGCUGCAACACGAUCACAGAUGGCUUUCACUAUACAAUUGCAUACUGGAGAGAGAUCUAGAGCAGAUGAUGUUGAAGUUCUUAUCUCAUUGUAUGGUCGAGAGGAAGAUGUUCAGGAUAUCUUGUUAGACAGAAAGAAUUCUGUAAAGAAGGACCAGCCACACUUGUUUCAUGCAGGACAAGUAGAUGAAUUCAAAGUAGAGCACAAACCGAUAGGAGACAUCAAUGUCAUAAGAGUGGAGAUUCGUCCUUCUUCUGUCGAUCAAGAAGACUGGUUCUUGGAGUUUGCUUCCGUUCAGCAUGAUUCGGGUACUAUCUACACGUUCCCUUGCAACAAGUGGUUCUCACAAGUAAAAGGUGACGGACGCACUGUCCGUAACCUUCUCAGAGGACCGUUGCCGGAAGAUCCACGUAAAGACGCUUGGUCUGCGUCACAUUUCUACAACAAGAUUUUGAAACAGCCACUACCUACGAGUGCAGAAGUAGCCAGAAAAAGACUGGACGAAAUAUGCGAAAUAAUUCGUUUCAAGAACUGGGGCGGUACCGUCCGCGUGAAAAGAGUCCGUGUCUUCUUCCCAACUGCUGUAGAGCAAGUCGCAGAUGUCAUCAAGUUGGCAUCGAUUGCGGGAUUGAAAGUACGCUCGACAGGCAGUACACACAGUUGGUCCAUGUUGUAUGCAGAUAUUGAUCAAGUUCUCAUCAAUCCCGAGAAUAUGGGACCCAAAGACGAGAAGGUUGUUCUGAAUGAGGAUCGUACGCAAGUGACGAUUAUGACAAACGCCACGACUCUGGAGCUCAAACGAAAACAGCUACGUGAAGACUUUAACAUCAUGUCAAACGUUAUUCUUGACUCGGUCACUUAUGGCGGAACCGUCAACACUGGAUGUCACGGUGUUGGCAAAGGUUGUCCAGCCUUACCUGAUAUGGUAGACAGUCUAGAGCUGGUCAAUGAUCAGGGAUGGUUGGUCACUUACAGUAAAGCCAACGACGGAGAAGACUUCAUGAAGGCAGUCUCAACAAAUCUUGGACUGUUCGGUUUUGUUUACAAAAUGACACUGGACGUUGAACCGAGACAAGUGAUCGUCAAAACUGAAAACGUAUUCCAAUCUGUGAGAGACGUUCUGACCGAUGCCAGCAAACUUAAAACACUUGCAGAGGCCAACUGGUCGACGGAAAUAUUUUGGUUUCCGUAUAACACUAUGGUCGAGAUUGGAAACAGGCUGAGGGGAAUGACAAAGAAAGAAUUUGAACAGUUGCCUGCUCCAAAGGCAGAAGAGUGGGACCCACUCAACGACGAUUGCUGGAUACGGCUGGUCAACGAAGACACUGAAGACAACACACCAGAAGACUGCAGAUUUUACUUCGCACAAGCCUUGACAGACAUGGUGCAACAUCUGAGCAUGAAGAUAAUUACUCCACUGCUAUCCCUAUUUCCACAGCUCAAUCCUUACUUCUGCCACAUCGGCAACCUUGUGCUCAAAACACAACCUGCAGUGCUUUACCAACAACUGCCCCAUGCUAUUCACUACAGGAAGUUUAUCAAUUGGGCUCCAGUGCGUGACAUGGAGUUUGCAUUUGUGAUCGACGACGAUUAUGAAAACAUUGUUGAAGCUUGUCAAGUUGUGGUGACAAAGAUACAGGAGCGCGCGUUACGAGGCAGCUUUCCCAUGAAUAUUUGCUUGGAAAUGAGGUUCAUGAGUGAAAGCACCAGUCUGCUAUGUCCGGCCGUGGUCGGGCAGAGCUCUCCAAACAGUGAACUAAAGACGGCUUACAUUGAAAUUCUGAGUCUCGUUUACACUAAAGAGUGGGACGAGUUCUGUGAAGAAGUCGCCGUUGCAUGGAGUCAGAUUGGCGGGAAACAGAACGUCAAACCGCUUAUCCACUGGGCCAAGGAAAUGGACGCCUUGCCAGACUUGCCUGCAUAUAUUUGGGCCAACAACGGAACGAGAAUGCAAGAGUUUCUGACGCAUCUUGGUUCUAAAGUUGAUCUGGAGAAAAAGCUGUUCUUCAACCAGUUUCUCGAUGGUAUCUUCUUUCCUCCUCCAGAGAUGGUUCCACCAUCGUCUAGACGAUGAAAACAGUGACUUUCGUGACCGACUCGAACGGUUGUUGCAGUGUGCACUUCAAGUUUGCAUUGUGUAUGCUUUCUGUAGGUGCAUGUAGUUUGUUGCGUUUCGUAUUGUUGGCAUGGAAAACGUGUGGUAGUCUGUUACGGUACACAAAGCUGUUUUCAGAAUAAACGUUGUCGUUCAGUUACCGCGCAAA